CCCCCACACCCCCCCCCCCGGGCGGUUCAGGCGGCGGCGGCUGCUGCUGCUGCGGCGCGGAUUAGAGGAUUCUGCCGGGUAGAAGAGCUGGGGCUGGAACCCAGCCCUAAGGACAUCCUGUGGCCCAGGGGCAAGUGACACCUGCUGCAGGAGGCCCAGGAUGGUGGAGGCUGAGGACCUGGCGCAGCUGCGGCUGCUCAACCUGGAGCUCCUGAGGCAGCUGUGGGUGGGGCAGGAUGCUGUGCGGCGGUCAGUGACCAGGGCAGCCUCAGAGUCAAGCCUGGAAUCCAGCAGCUACAACUCAGAGACUCCAUUGACCCCAGAGACGUCCUCAACUUCCUUGAGCACCUCCUGGCCACGGGGCCGGUGCCCUGUGUGGGGCUCACCAGAUGCCUGCCGAGGGGACCCCCGUGAUGUGGCCAGAUCGGGGGUAGCCUCUCUCCCACCUGCCAAAUGCCAGCAGCAGGAGUCCCUGGGCCGACCGAGACCCCACUCAGCACCCUCGCUGGGCACCUCAAGCCUGAGGGACCCAGAGCCCUCAGCGGGGCUAGGUGAUCCAGGACCCCAGGAGGCACAGGCCCCGAGGUCCAUCCUGGCUCAACAGAGCAAGCUGUCCAAGCCCAGGGUGACCUUCUCUGAGGAGUCUGCAGUUCCUGAGAGGAGCUGGCGCCUCAGGCCAUACCUGGGCUAUGACUGGAUUGCAGGGUCUCUGGACACCAGCUCUUCGAUCGCCAGCCAGCCUGAGGCCUUCUUCUCGAAGCUGCAGGAGUUUCGGGAAACCAACAAGGAGGAGUGUAUCUGUAGCCAUCCUGAACCCCAGGUCCUAGGCCUGCGCGACAGCGGUGGCAGCGGCGUGGAGGAAGACCAUGAGUGCGUGUACUGUUACCGUGUCAACCGGCGCCUGUUCCCCGUGCCUGUGGAUCCCGGCACCCCCUGCCGCCUGUGUAGGACACCGCGAGACCAGCAGGGCCCUGGGACCCUGGCGCAGCCGGCGCAGGUCAGGGUGAGCAUCCCGCUGUCGAUCCUGGAACCCCCGCACCGGUACCGCAUCCACCGGCGGAAGAGCUUUGACGCCUCCGACACACUGGCCCUGCCCCGGCACUGCCUGCUGGGCUGGGACAUUUUCCCUCCGAAGCCUGAGAAAAGCUCAGCCCCCAAGAACCUGGACCUCUGGUCCUCAGUCUCCACUGAGGUCCAGCACCAGAAGCUGUCAGGCACCAGCCCUUUUUGCCUGGGCUCCAGCCCGCUGGCCCUGACCCUAGCCAUCCCUCGGAACUCCUCCGCUCCCUGCCGCCUGCCCUGCUCCACCCAGGAAGGCCACCCUGACUGCAAGAUCCAGGAGGGAAUGUGGCUGGAACUGAAGAUGACCUGUCCCUUUCAAGUGGACCCCCUGAAACUUCCCUCUUCCCCAUCCACGCCUUGCCAAUGCAGGUGCCGCCCCCCACCCCGAUCUGGUCAGUGCCCCAGGUCCCUCGGCCCCACGUCCCAUGGCAGAAACCUUGAGGACUGACUCCUGGAGGAGGACAGCAUUCCCACCGCCUCCAGCCUCUCACCUCCGGCAGGCGCACCCAGGAGAUGGAAGCUGCUGCCCGCCCAGCUCAGGCCCGGCUGUCCUAGGUUGGGCAGGUGGGUGGGCCCAGGCUUGUCUGCUGCCUAGGUUCCAGAGAGGAAGGACCCUGGGGUGGAGGGUGAGGGAUUCUGUGGAAAUUUUAAAAUAAAGCUCAGUGCUCUGC